AUGGUCCGACGUGAGGACCAGGAACAAGCCCCCAAGAUCAAAGACUUACAAAGGCUACUGGGAAAAGUAGAAAGUCUACUGAAAGAGCUGACUGUCCAAUCAGAGAAGGCCACGAAGAGAGCUCAUACUGUUGACUCUAAGAUUGAAGAUCUUCAGAAAGAGAUGUCAAAGAAAGGCAGCCAACUUGCUAUUAAGGGUUUGGAGGCCCAAAUACAGUCUCAGAAGAUCAAUUUCGAGGCAGCUGGCCAGGUCCAUGGCGAACUGGCAGCAGAGUUGAAAUCUCUCAAGGAGCUCCCGACAGCCUCCACUCAUGGUAGCUCUGAAUCAGUCACUAGCCGAGAGUUCGAACAAUUUAAACAAGAACUCACUGAACGAUUCGAUGAUUCGAAUCGUACGCGCAAGGCUGAGAUUGAAGCACUACGCGCCCAAAACAACCUAAUCCAUGUCUCAACAACUUUAGCUCAGCUGGAAUCUCUAGAUGUCUUGGUUGAUACACAUUCGAGGGACAUCAACUCGAUCCAAGAUAAACAUGCCGCCUUGGUGGCAUUAGUCGAUGAGAAGAUCGCAGUAAUUCCCAGUCACGAAUUCAUCACUGAAGUUCACAAAAAACUGGCGGAAAUUCAAAAUCGGCUGGCAGCACUAGAAACUCAACCAUACACGGAGAAUCAGAAAGAGCAUGCGACUGCAGAAUUACGUUCAAUGCUAGAGGAGUUGAGGCGAGAAAAAACCGAUCAGAUCGAGGCAUCUCACGAUCUCAUUACUCGUGAGAUAGAAGAGACCAAAGGGAAAACUGCCGUACUUCAGUCACAGGUCGAUGCUCUAAAGAAGGUUCCCGAUCAACGUGACGGCACUCCCACCACGAUCAGCGAUGCCAGUGAUGCCGCCAAAGUUAUUGCAACACUAUCUUCUCAAGUUGAGGAGCUGAAGCUACAAGUCGAAAAAUUGCAAAGAAAACCCACAGGGCAUGAUGAAAAAUGCAGUAGCAUUGAACCCCGGAUCCAAGCUUUGAAGGAUGAACUUUCAUCACAUGACAGAAUGCUAAGUACACUUUUCAGUGCUCAAAUGUCGAGCCAGGACCGAGAAGCACUCCAGUCGGCGAGAAUGCUGGCUGGAAAGAUGGAAAGGGCCGAACAUCAGCACCAGUGGCUAAGAACUCGCUUUGAUAACUUGACAACUGAAACUCUCCAUCGACAAAUUAUCGGAUAUAUCGCACCAGUCCUGCCGAGACUUGAGCAAGGUUAUGUUCGUUUGGAAUCGAAGACUGAGAACCUGGAAAACAUGGUAAAUGAGAAGUUCACGAAGCUUGAAGCAUCUACGUCAGACGCGGAUAACAGAUCGCAGUCGUUGGAAGAUAGCUCGACUACCUGCAUCAACAAAUUGCAAGAACAACAGGAUACUCUCCUCAAACAAUUCCAAGAGGGCCGCGAUAGCAUGCGCGAAGAGAUAAAAGAACUGCAAGAUUGGAGAGUUGAAGUCGAAGCACGAGAUCAGAAGCAAAAUCUGGAGGCUGAUGCGUUUAAGAGACGUACUGGAUCGUCCGCCAGGUCUGUGCGCGAUUCUUCGACACCUCGGAACAAACCAGUGCAACCAGGUUCGAUCCAGAAAGCGAGCAAUGCCGACUGGGUCAUCGGCGAGAGUGAUGAUGAUAAUGAUGAGAUAGACUUGACGAACGAAGAUGCCAGGGACGCAUUGGUCCGGAGUUUCCAGAAGCCUGCAGAGCCUAGAGCAAGUCCCUCCGAACGCAAGAGAAAACGGGACACUCCAUCCACUAACGGUGACGGUGGGCACCAGGAGUCAGGAGACGAUCUGUCAUACCUCAAUGCCCCACGCAAGCGAGCGCAGGGCAAAAAAAUUCGAUGA